GAGAUGGCGCUGGCCCGGAGACUGCUCGCCUUCACCCUGCUGGCGCUCUGCUGGGGGCCCGGCACGGCAGGGGCCCAAGGGACCUUCCCGCUGCAGACCCUGCGCUGCUAUAACGACUACACCAGCCGCAUCGUCUGCAGGUGGGCAGACACCCAGGAUGCCCAGUGGCUGGUCAAUGUGACCCUCCACCGCAGGCUGAAAGGGACUGCCCUGGACUCAGUGUCCUGCGAUCUCAGUGACAGCAUGCCCUGGUUAGACUGCCCUUGUCCCCACUGUGUGCCCAGAAGAUGUGUCAUUCCCUACUGGAGAUUUACCUUUGCCGACGAUGACUACUUCUCAUUCAGACUGGACCGGCUUCUGGGCGCCCAGCUCACCGUUACUCUGAGCCAGCAUGUGCAGCCCCCCGCACCCAAGGACCUCAACAUCAGUGCCACCGGGGACCACUUCCUGCUGUCCUGGAGUGUGGCCCACGGGGUUUCUCCGAGCCACUGGCUGUCCAGCCUGGAGUUUGAGGUGGUCUACAGGCGGCUUCAGGACCCCUGGGAGGAUGCGUCCACCAUCUACUCCAACUCCUCCUGGGCCAUCCUGGGGCCAGAGCACCUCAUCCCUAGCAGCACCUACAAGGCCCGCGUGCGCACCAGGCUGGCCCCGGGCUCGGGGCUCUUGGGUCGGCCCAGCCAGUGGAGCCCAGUGGUUCAAUGGGCCUCCCAGCCAGGGGACGAGGCCCAGCCCCAGAACCUCCAGUGCUUCUUUGACGGGGCUGCCCUGCUCAGCUGCUCCUGGGAAGUGAGGUCCGAGGUGACCAGCUCAGUCUCCUUCACCCUCUUCUACCAGGCCAGCCCCAGUGCAGGGGGGAAAGAAUGUUCCCCAGUGCAGAAGGAGGAGACCAGAAGCCCCUACAUCUGACACCGAUGCCAGAUUCCUGUGCCGGACCCCAGGAACUACAGCCAGUACAUCGUCUCUGUUCGACCAAAGGAGGAAGAGAAGCUUAUAAAGAGCUCAGAGAACAUUCAGAUGGCUCCCCCGACCCUCAACAUGACCAAGGGCAGAGAUGGCUACAUCCUGCACUGGAAAGAAGGAAAAAUGCACGACAAAUACAUAAGUCGCAUCUUCCAGGUCCAGUAUAAGAAAGAUGCAGCCUCAUGGGAGGAGACCAAGGCAGAGAAAUUCCUGAACGCCCACACCACGUCCCUGCCACCUCUGGAGCCCGCCACCAGGUACCAGGCCAGAGUGAGAGUCAAACCCAACCCCGACAGCUACAAUGAGACCUGGAGCAAGUGGAGUGAGGAGAGCUCCUGGGACACUGAGUGGGUGCUGCCCGUGUGGGUCCUGGUGCUCAUCCUGGUCGUCACCACCCUAACCCUGCUUCCAGUCCUGCGCUUCUGUGGCGUCUACGGGUACAGGCUGAACCGGAAGUGGGAGGAGAACAUCCCCAACCCCAGCAAGAGCCACCUGUUCCAGAAUGGGAGCACCGGGCUCCGUCUCCCAGACAGCAUGUCCAUCCUCAGCCGCGCGAGCCGCCCGCACAAGGGGCUGUGGGGCAGCAGCUGCCCUGAGCUGCAGGGGGUGUCCCCUGUAGACUACGGGCACAAUGAGGUGUCACCUCUCACCACAGAGGACCCUAAAGAUGCCUGUGACUCAUCCUCUGAGCCUGACACGACUCUGGAAGCCUUGGACCUCCCCAAGGAGCAGCCCCCCAGUGCCGCCCCAGGCCUGGCCGCCCCCUCAAGCAGACCCGACAGCCAGGCUUCUGGCUUUGACUUCAACGGCCCCUACCUGGGGCCGCCCCACAGCCGCUCCCUGCCUGACAUCGUGGGCCAGCAGGUGCCCCCCCAGACAGGUGUGAGCAGGAAGUUACAGCCCCCAGGGUCCCUGGAGUACCUGUGUCUGCCUGCAGGGGGGCAGGUGCAGCUGGUCCCGCUGGCCCAGGUGAUGGGGCAGGGCAAGGUCAGGGAUGCGGACACAAAGUCCAGCCAAGGGACCAAGGGGAGCCCUUCCUUGGAGUCAGAGGCAGGCCCUGCACCUCCGGAGCCUGGGCUGAUGGUGGGUGGUCAGGAUCGGAAGGACAGGGUCCCCGCAGUUCUGCCCACUCGCUCUCAGAGUCCUGAGGAUGGCACUGUGGUCACUGGUGAUGUCACCACUGCAAGUCUGACAUUCAUUCUGCCCCCAGAGGCCCCCUCUGCCUCCAAGGGGCCCCCUCUGGGCCUCCCCUCAGACCAGAACCCCAACUUCCGUCCUGGUUUGGCUGAUGGUCACGCUGUAACCUCGGCCCCCUUAAAGCCAGAGUUUGAGGGCUAAGCGGAGCUCCCUCCAGCUGUGGACCAGUUACUCUAGUCCCCUCUGGCCAGUCCUGUGCCUCCUGCAGUCAGCAGCCCCAUCCUGAUCCCAGGGGACCCCAGGCAGAGGUGUCCCCACCCCACCCCCACCCAUCCUGUAGCAUGUAGGUGA